UCGCAGAGUGUCGACAGACGUCACGGGGCCAACGUGGGCUCCACAGAACUCCGCGUAACGUCCCGUAAUAUUAACGUUACGUUAACGACGUACCUACUUACGUAAGUUAAUAGUGAAAAUAAAAAUAAAAUAUACGUAGAAAUUAAAAUAAAAAAUUAUAAUUUAUUGGAUAAAUGAAUAUUUACUUUCUGUAUUUUUCGCUGUUCAAACAUUGAUAAGACGGCAAAGUGAGCAAUCAUAAGUGGGUGUAAAAUAUCAUAAUGUUGUUUUUUGUGUGCUGCUGAAUUUUUCGAAGAUCUUCGUGAAUUUUUAAGAUUUAUGCGGCGAGCUAAAACAAAGUCAAACAGCUGCGCAGGAGGAUUAAAAAACUACAAAGCCUCAACUUAUGCUAACAUAAACGCAAACUUAUUUUGAAUCGCAUAACAAUGUGGAAAAGAAAAUAUUUUGAUGUGCGGAUCAGGUUUUAUCUAACGUAGGGUAUAGUGGGGGAGGGGGAGGGUUAUGCGCAGGCGAAGCGGGCGGCGGGGGGCCAGGCGCGGCGACUCGCACCAUGCACCACGCCAUAGCGCUGCUUCUCGCUGCCAUCUACACUAUUGCCUCUUCGCAGAUAGCCUGGACGCCGAUCUUCCUUGAUGCAAGCAGUCAAGUCGACCUCUGGACGCAGUCAUCGUCGGGCUGUGCCUGCCCAGGCGGCGGGACAGUGGGCGAGGAGUGCGCGUGCUGCGUGCGGGACGGCGCCUGCCCCUGCGGCGACGACGCGCCUGGCCGAUGUGCCCAGUGCGGACUCGAACAGUACUGCUCCAACAUGUGCAAUAUUACAAUCGACUCACGUAUCCUCAAGAGCAAGUCGGGCAAGACGUUCGGCCAGAUCAAGUCGCCGUCGAUAGAGGGCCCGGGUGCUUGCUCGUACUUUCUACAGCCAGACGCGGGACAGAGGGUUGAGAUACAAUUGUAUAGGCUUGUCUCUGUUGGACGGUUUAACGGAACUAGUUGUGUUGGUGGCUGGUUGCAACUGAGCGGUGCAGUUCGCAAUGUAGACGGCGUGGCGGAGACGCGUCUGUGCGGUGAAAACGAACGAUACACACCGCCCGUCGUAUUAUUUGCUGAUCAUGGUGCUUCGACACUUGAUUUUAGGAUAACAGAAAAAACAGUGAGAUCGCAAUUUCUAGCCUUCUUCAGUUUUACAUCUUUAAGUAAUACGCAAGGAGUUGGAUUUCAUCCCCGAGGGGGCUCAAGGAUACCGCAUACUGAUUGUGACUGGCUAUACCAGGACAUAUCUUGCCGCGGUGCGGGCACGUGCGUGUUGGCCAGUCCUGGCUACCCCGGGCUGUACCCGCCGCAUCGCCGUUGUCGAUAUCUUUUCGCCACUAACUCUGUACAUACCAGAGUCAGGAUUAUUUUCUCAUCUAUAUUACUGCCUCACGACCAUUGUGCCUCGGACUAUUUAACACUACGGGCCGGUAGCUCCCCGUCGGCGCCCUUGCUGGCUUCUAUUUGUUCUGAAAAAAGUGCGACACUAGAAUAUCCCGGGCCCAACUUGCUCCUGGAAUUUAACUCCGGGCCGUUGAUCCCGCCGUAUAAUUACAACGGAUUUAUAGCGAAAUUGGAAUUCAUAGAGCGACAGGAAAGCAGCGAAGCGCCCCCUACUGUGGUCGCUGCGUCACCGCCCCUUGCGGCCCUCACGCAUCUUACACACCACGCUGACAGAUCAGCGUCUGUGGAUAAUACGGUAAUCACGAAUGAAAUUUCUCAUACAAAGAACGGUCGUGUUGGUUGUGGAGCAAGUGUGCGAGGCUUUGGUCCGGGAGGUGUACGCUCUGGCCAUUUUGAUACCCGGGCUACGCCCUGGCGUACACAAUGUACUAUACACCUGCUAGGAGCGCCCACAGAUGUCGUACAAGUCUCACUUUUUAAUUAUAAUUUAAGGUUACAAAGCUGUCGAUCUCAUAUUGAGAUUUUAGAAGGAUACUACGAAUUUAUUGGGAGAGGGGAAAAAGUGAGUAGAUCUGAGAGGGGUGAUAGGGCACUUCUUAGGGUUUGCGGCCCUUUUAUAAGAGAAGCUAGAGACCCUUCCGGCAGAUUUCUUAUUCGGCAAGCUGUGACAUCUAAGGGCGCUAAUAUUACUAUACUAAUACGACGUGCCUCCACACAAAGUGUUGAUGAAGAGGAGUUUGUUGAUGGAGCGUUUGCAUUUCAUGAUGAACAGCACGAGGGUACGAUAUCGCCGGACGCGACGUGCGCGACCACGCACUACGGGCUGUCGGCGCUACGACACGGCGGAGUCUCCGCGCCCUCGCAUCAUCACAUAUACUGGAAUAUUGAGGAGAGAUUGCUCUGCACGCAUCUCUUCAUGCCGGCUAUCAACCAGAGCAUCACGAUUGAGAUCCAACGGCUCGACCGUAUGUGGAGCGCGGAGCCGCCGGGCACCGCGCCUGCCGGGUCCAUGGGAUGUCGCACGGCGUGCGGGGACGCGGGCUGCGAGUGCCGUGCCGCCACACCGCUGCACUACCACGACCACAUCGCCCUCGUCGCCAGUGAUGGCACACAUCUUUCGUGUCUGUGUGGCGACUUUCAGGCGGAGUGGUUGCCCGUUGUGGUUCGUAGUUGGAGCGGCCUCAGACUUGAAUACUCGGUGGCUCACUACACGUACGCCAGUCGGGGGUUCGAUUACGCCGCCGCGUAUAGUUUUAAUGAAGACGCAAUGUGUGGACAACGUACUUAUACAACUCAUUCGGGUGAAAUAUCAUCAAGAAAUGUAUCAGUUACGGGAACUUUAAAUGAAUUUUUUUACCAACAAUGUACUUGGGUUUUAGACUCUAACGUUGAGAGGCAAUUAUUUAUUGACAUUUCUUCAGAACAGGAUAAAUCAUGUGGGUCAUGGAACAUAACUCUUCACGAGUGGUCAGGCCUCGGAGUGCAGAGCUCAGAGGGACUGGCGGCCACUGCGGGUGAACUACUCUACACAUUUUGUGCGAGACAUAAGAAUCACACUUACACGUUGCCAUGGCGACUGAACACCGUUGUAAUAAGGUUAGUCGCGUUGUCAAGGCAGCAGCCGCUGUACGUGAUCCGCUGGAGGUCACAGGUGGUGCGCGCCAACACGCGCCUCGGCCCGCCCACGCCGGCGCCCGCCGCCGCCGCGAUCGCAACUACACUGCGACUCUCACUCACUUAUUUAUCUAUUUUGUUAUUAUUGGUACAAAUAAAAAUUUAAUUCAUUGCUUCAGUACACAAGUCACUCAACCCGGCUUCGCACGGCUAACUGCGUUUAUAAAAUUAGAAUCGUUUGUGUAUAUUUUUG